AUGGCAGCGAACGCCAGUCCCUUUUACGAGCUCUACCGCCGUAGCAGUGUCGGGAGGACUCUGAUGGAUACUCUCGACGAGCUGAUCGGAGAGCGCCGCAUCGAGCCGCAGCUGGCGAUGAAGAUCCUGAGCCACUUUGAUCGAAGCAUUACGGAGGUGCUGCAGGAUAAGGUGAAGGCGAGGAUGACGUUCAAGGGACACCUCGACACCUACCGCUUCUGCGAUGAAGUGUGGACUUUCCUGAUCAAGGACGUGACAUUUAAGAUGGACAAUACGAGCGUUCAUGCGGACAAAGUCAAGAUCGUGAGUUGCGGGACGAAGAAGGAUUGA